AUGGCAGCCUUCAUGACAAGCAACGUGGAAAUUCGGCAAAUUGACUUAAGUAAGGGAAAAGGCCUAUUUGCCACUAAAGAUUUCAAGAAAGGGGAUGUACUAUUUGAAGAAAGGCCCAUUGUAUCCUCUCAGUUUCUGUGGAAUGAAUUUUACAACUAUACAGCAUGUGAAUACUGUCUGAAAUCUUUAGAAACAGCUGAAACACAGUGUCAGCGAUUGACAGAAAACCCAAGUCUAUCCCUGCCAUUCCCUGAGUGUUGUGAAGCUCAGCCAGCCCAGUAUGUCAUGUGUCCACAAUGCCAGGUGGUUUACUGCUGUGAUGGAUGUCGUACUGCGGCAUGGACAGAAUAUCACAGGACAUUAUGUAUGGGGCCAUCAAGACAUGAUGGACACCACCCUCUUGCACAACUUGGAGAGACAUGGAGAAAUAUACACUUUCCUCCAGAGACAUCUAGCAUCAUGCUGUUGGCUAAAAUGAUAGCCAUUGUCAAGCAGAGUGAUGAUGGGAUAUCCAAGUUUUCUCAGUUUGUGAACCUACCUGUAAACAAGGAAGAAGAGAUAGCACAUAAGCUGCUUGGGGAAGACUUCAAGCAACCACUAGAACUGCUUAGACAGAUGGUAACCGAGUGUCUGUUUGAAGAAACUAUCCAGCAGUGGUACACUCCUGAAGGGUUUCGUUCUCUGUUUGCCCUCAUUGGAAUGAAUGGUCAAGGAAUAGGUUCCAGUGCAAUAAGUGUAUGGGUAAAAAACUGUGAGAAACUGCAGUUAUCUGAUGAGGAUAAACAGAGACUUGAUGGCUUAAUAGACCAGAUGUAUGAGGAUCUUGACCGAGUAUCUGGGACGUUUCUGAACUGUGAAGGAUCUGGAUUAUACAGAUUACAAAGUGCAUGCAACCACAGCUGUCUGCCCAAUGCUGAGAUUACCUUUCCACAUAACAAUCACUGCCUGGCAUUAGUAGCAACUGAGGACAUACAGACAGAAGAGGAAAUCUGUAUAAGUUACCUCAAUGAGUGUAACAUUGGUCGUAGCAGACACAGUCGUCAGAAAAUUCUCAGAGAAAAUUACCUGUUCCACUGUGGAUGUACAAGAUGUGCAGCAGAGGCAGAUGAUGAAGAUGUUACGUCAGAGGAGGAGGAAUAUGAUGAAGAGGAUGAGGGGAUGACUGAGUAGAUGUUAACUGAAAGCAGGAGUUUAACAGAGUGUGAGACUCAUUGUUCAUCAGUGUGAGCCUGUUAGGUUCUAGAGCCAGAAGAACAAUUGAGGGCAACAAAUGGGAUGUUAAACACAUCACCUGUCAAGUCUUGGGCCAAUAUAGCAGUCUAGGGUGACAAGUUGGAUGUUGGACACAUAGUCUGUAAAUGUGAUUCUGAUAAACUAGGCCAAAAGAGCCAGUUUUGAAACUUCUCCAAUGGUAACCUGACAAAGGGGCAUUGCAUUGAUAGAAGUAUGGCUGCAUCUGUGAUGCAUGGAGAUGGGGAGACUGUUAUGACACCAACGGCAUCAAAAGAACAGAAGAGAUCUUUAUUCUUUAUCUUUUUUAUCUCCCUUUUUCAUGUGUUCAUCAACAGGACCAGUGAUGAUUUGAACAAUAACUACAGUGAUAUCAUCUGACAGAAAGAAUAUUUGGAUCGUUCAGAAAUUUGCAUUUAGGACAUGCAACAGAAUAAUGCGUGUCAGAAUCAUUGUAGUAAAACAUUGUCAGUCUGGCUCAUCCUUGCAGUCUCUGUGGUUAACUUCAGAGUUAAAUUAAGGGUGUAUGCUGCCAAUAACUCUCCAGUGAAAGUCAAGGGUGUAUGUUUGAAAUAGCUUUCCAUCUAAAGUUAAGGGUGUUUACAGGGAAUAAUUCUCCAUGUAAAGUUGAUGAUGAAUGCUGGCAAGAGAUCGCUAUGGAAAAUUUAGGGUGUAUAUUGGCACUAGGUCUCCAUGGAAUGUUAAAGGUGUAUACUGGCAAUAAAUUUUGAUGUAUAGUUAAGGGUGUAUCCUGGCAAUAAAACUACAAGCUUUAUUAUCUUAAAACAAUUGUAAAGUCAAAUUAAAUAAUAUUUUUCAUGCAUGUUAGGCUCAAUGGAAGCAUUUGGCAGGUCUUUCUGUGGGAAGAGUUAGGUGGUUGGGUGGGUAAAGGCGAGUGCAUUACCACUGCACCAUCAGACUAUUUUUCAUUGAUAUUUUUCUGUCUUGAUAGUUACAUCUCAAUUAAAGUCUGUUCUCUUAAACAUGGUAGCUUUAGCAUAGUCUUUGGUAUUGAUCCUGUCCUUGUGUGACCCAGGCCGUUUUAUUUAUGGGAACGAACCAGUUUGUCCGGUUUCAGAUUUAUGGUAUUAAUCCUGAUGGACCAGAUAAUGUUAAGAAAGAAAUUUGUCAAGACUGGCUGGGAAUCAAAAAGUAAGGUCACAGAUUCAGUCUGUAUAUCAUAAAGAACAACUUAUAUCAAAGCAGUGAAACUGUUUGGGAGAUCACAAUAGCUGAAAUUGCCCUGUAAUAUUUGUUCCACAAGUGUUUGGAGAGUUUGAUUUUCUUUGUACAUUUUUUCAGCUGUGAUACAUAGUUGUGUAUCAUCUAUAAGCUCACUGCUUAUAGUGGCCUUUCAUGUAAGUUCAUUCUAUCCAAGCUGUAACAUAUGUAUACUGUAUGCUUCACUAGUAUGCACCAUUUUAAUAUACUUUUUAUCAUGUAAUUGGCCAGUUAUCUAGUGAAUUUGCCGAUAUAUUUUUGCAUGUAUGUUACAAGUGUAAUAUACCCUGAAUCAUUUUUCAUUGGCUGCACCAGUACGAAAUUGAUAGUGAUUCAUGAUAUUGUGAUAUUGACAAUGAAAUUACGUAAUGAAUUGAAUAUGAUGCAACAAGAUGGCUGCCUCGUCCUUUAUUUUGUCCCCCACACUUUUACUUUGAAACCUGUCAACUUUUCUGAGUUCUGUGAUAAAAUGUAUCUGAAAUGUUUUUUCAUUCCAUUUCAUUUUAUUAAACUCAUUUCGAAAUUUUAUUUUUGCUUGCCAAUUAAGGUAAAAAUAAGACUUUCAAAGACUCACUUCAUAAAACGUGAUAUGAAAUGAAAAUUCUUUAAUAUUAUGUGAAUUUUCUAUAUUGUUGUUACUAUGAGAGGUCAAAGGGUAUGUUCUUAUACAUGUGUUCAUCCUAACUACAAUGUAUAUGGGUAUAAGGUAGAAUUGUAUAUAAUGUAUUUCAACAUUUGUCUCCGAGUUUAUUGUUGCUUUAUCUCCUAUUAACAUCCAAGGUCAUUUAAAGACGUUCCAGGUUUGGUGGUGGAGGAACGCCAGAGUUUCUGGAGAAAAACCACUGACAUGUACCUGGCAAUGGCCCCAUGUAGGCCUUGAACCUGCAACCCAGAGGUGGAGGGCUAGAGAUAAAGAUGGUCAGACACCUUGACCACUCUGCCACUGCCCCCCUAGAAUGUAAUUCAGGUACGAUUGUUAAGUUAGAAUUAGGACAGUGACAGUACAGUCAAUAAUUGGUCUUUAUUACAGAUUUGAAAUAGAAAUGUAUCAAACAUAAGAUGUUUAUCAGUGUUUAUGUGUGAUAAUUAUACCAUGUUAUAAAUUGGUACAUUGUUAUAUUGUAUCAAAUAAAUACUUCAGUAUCAUUUAGGGUUUUUUUACAGCUUUCUUUGAAAACGUUUUUGCUUUGCAUGAAUUCUUUUACUAAGCCCACCAUAUAGAUAAUAAUUGUAAGAUUUGCUUUAUUUUAUAACUUCAAAUCGAGGUGAAGUAACUUUUCUUGUAAAUAGCUCCAUGAAUACACAUCAAUUUGAAUUUGCCCACUGAUAUGAAAAAGUUUGAAGUGUAGAUCAUGCUUUUUUAUAAAAUCAUUAGAGUGGUGCCAGUUUUUUCAGUAGUAUGGGUCAUUACUCAAUUUCUACUUUUAUUUGGUUGUUUUUAAUGGUCUCCUAGAAUUUUGCCAAAUUUUGCGAAACAUUUUGGUCGCUACUCACACGGAAAAUGUUUCAUGUACAACAUUGUUUUCUUGACUUCAUUUUUCAUUACUUACCAAAGUCAUGGUAAAAUAAGAUGGUUUUACUAAGUGAUAAUCUAAGUGUAAUAGAAUCCUUUGUAACAGUUAUGUUAUGAUUAGUCUAAACAAUCAGUACUGGUGGGUAUGGAAAAGGCACCUGAGGAAAUUUUGUCUACGUACUUAUGACUGUGAGCACCAGCUCCCUAUAUUGCUAUGAUGUUACAUUUGGUCAUUGUUAUGAACUGUUACUAUGACUUGUGGUGUUUGUCAUAAUACAGAACAUUUCCAUAGUACAAGAAGAAAAAUGAUUCCAGUUGUUUGUGUGACAGGAAAAAUGACUUUGUCAUAUAAUACAGAAUAUUACAUUGUAUUGUCGCAAUACCAUAAAUAUUUACGAGUAGAAAAAUGAAGUGGUCAUUCAAGUAUGAGUAUAUGGGGCAUUAAUUAAGUAUUAUAGUGACAUCCUAUUACAGUGAGUUGUCCCAUAAAUGUUGAUGACUCCAGUUCUGCAGAUAUUUAUCAUCAAUAAAUUUUUAAGAAUAAG